AUUGCGGCGGCGGACAACCAUAAAGGGGAGAAGGCGUCAUCGCUGCCGUCGUCGGCGACCACCGCGGACCGCUGCUGUUGGAGACUGACAGCUGGUUUCGUCCAGUACGACGCUCAGCUUUGGAUGCAUUUGGCACAGACUGAGCGGAGACGGUCUCUGUCAGGAUGGGCCAACAUCUAGGAAAGAAGAAGUCGCCCGCAGGCAGCAGGGCGUCGUCACCUGAACCCAAAGCCGCACAGACGACCGCGCUAGCGGAACCCGAAUCACAAGACGAAGUCUUUGGUCUGGGCGAGGCCGACGCCAACCAGAACAAUGGCUGUGUCACCAAGAAGACGGUGGUGACUGACUCCACGGGCGCUGAGGGCCCCCACCGCCCCUGGCCCGCCGCCAGCACAGCUGACCCCGACGCCGCCACGCCACGCCCCCACCUCGUCCGCCUCUUCUCCCGAGAUGCCCCGGGCCGCGAGGACAACACCUUCAAAGACCGACCCUCCGAAUCGGACGAGCUGCAGACCAUCCAGGAGCACAGCGGAGCGGCUUCAGAGUGCGGGUCGGAGAGCCCCGAACAGGACCUAGACUAGGCUAGCUUUUUUUUUUAAGUUGUCCCUCCCUCUCCUUUCUUCUCUCCUUUUUUUUUGGCCGCCGCCACUCAGUCUCUCGCCCCAGAGAGAACGAGAGCCCCGCAUUUGACAAGAACAGGCAUACCACCAAAGCACCGCUACCACCACCGCCAUGGCA